AAGUACUGACAUGUGGGAGGAGACGACAGCAGUUGGCUCUCAGCCCCUCUGUUCUGCAGGGAACAUCUUUCACGACUGCUUACUGCUAUGGACAGUGCUAUCACCCUGUGGCAGUUCCUCCUCCAGCUCCUCCAAGAGCCUCAGAACAAGAACAUCAUCUGUUGGACCUCCAACGACGGGGAGUUCAAACUGCUGCAGGCAGAGGAGGUGGCCAGGCUCUGGGGAAUCCGCAAGAACAAGCCCAGCAUGAACUAUGAUAAACUCAGCCGUGCUCUCAGAUACUAUUAUGUGAAGAAUAUCAUCAAAAAAGUGAACGGUAAGAAGUUUGUGUACAAGUUUGUUUCCUAUCCGGAGAUUUUAAAUAUGGAUCCACUUGUCGUGGGCCGUAUAGAAGGAGACCCUGACCUGACUGGUUUUGCGGAAGUCAGCAGUGCUCCAAAGGAUGUGGAAAACUGUGGGAAGGAGAAGUCUCAGUCGUGUGCUAAGUCCUCCAGCCGCAAUGACUAUAUCCACUCAGGCCUCUACUCCUCCUUCACUCUGAACUCCCUCAACUCUUCCAGCGUCAAACUCUUCAGGUCCAUCAAGAUCGAGAAUCCAGCUGAGAAACUGGCGGAGAAGAAACCUGCUCAGGAUCCAACCCCUUCUGUCAUCAAGUUUGUCACCAUGCCCUCCAAAAAGCCUUCCUCCGUCCCCCUGGUCUCCACCACUUCAGCGGUCCCUGUCACUUCCACUGCCUCUUCCACGUCAACCGCUUCCUCUCUUCCCAUGGGAUCGGAAGAAACUCUCCAGACCUUGGAGACCCUUGUUCUACCCAAGUUAACUGUCCCUGAAGCUCCAGCACCUUUGCCAAACUUAACCACCAGCUUCACCCCGACUCCCCCCAUCUCCUCGGUUUCUCCCACCCUGCAAGUCCCUUCCACGCCCCCGUCGCCCCCCCUGAGCUCUAACCCUGACCUGGACAUUGACACGGACAUCGAGUCCGUGGCUUCUCAGCAGCUGGAGCAGGCUCAGAGCCUUCAGCAUCAAUCCCCGGAGCCCAAAGAGCAGGAUUCCUCGGUGCUGGAGAAGGAAUUUGCCAAUCACCUCUCCAGAUCGAAAAAACCCAAAGGGCUGGAGUUGGCUCCUACUCUUGUCAUCACAGGCAGCGAUCCGAGCCCGCUGGGGAUUCUGAGUCCUUCUCUCCCAACUGCUUCUCUUACUCCAGCACUUUUCUCCCAGACUCCCAUCUUGCUGACCCCGAGUCCCUUGCUCUCCAGCAUCCACUUCUGGAGCACGCUCAGCCCCGUGGCUCCCCUCAGCCCCGCCAGGUUGCAAGGUGCUAACACCCUCUUUCAGUUUCCAUCAGUGCUGAACAGUCAUGGCCCAUUUACUCUCUCUGGACUGGAUGGACCCUCUACCCCCGGCCCGUUUUCCCCUGAUCUACAGAAGACAUAGCACACGAACUCAUGGAAAGGACAUAUUGGCAAGCAAGGGAAAAAGAUAUGACACUUCUAUUUAACCAUGUUUUUUUAAAUGAGCAAUUUAUAAUUCCACAGAGAUUAUCAACAAUCAUAGUUUUUGCCAUUCCCAAAUAAAAUGCCUUUUUUUUGCAAAAUUCCCUUUUUGGAAGACCCAGGUUGGGAAUGUAUAUGCAAACGCCUUAAUAAGGAGCUGAAGCUCCAGUCUCUUCCCUUCCCUCCUCGGUUUGGAAGAUUCACUCUGCUUAAAGGGAGGAUUUCGGUCGGUGUCGCAGUAACUGACUCUGCACCCAGCGCAGCAAACGGGAUCAGAGAAGUCUUUUUUCUGUGACUCUUGGAAAAAAAAACCCAACAAAACCCUCUGUUCUUCUGCUUCCUGUGCUUGGCAAGAAGAAAUGUAAUGGUGAUGGAAGCUGGCAUUCCAGGAAAUGCUUGGGAAAAGGGGUGUGUGCAUCGACUUUGCCUUGGGGCCUGAUAACUUCUGCAGCAACGGACCAGCCCACGUCUUUUCUGCUGUAAAAAAACAUCUUGUUUUUUUUUUUUUUGCCGGGAGAAAUUUUCAAGGAGUAUUCGAUGAUUGUGUUCCUGAGAUAUGGACAAUUUUGGAAUGGCAUUGGAGACCCACCGUCCGGCCCCGCGCAGGGCUGGAGACGGAUGGAUGGUGGGAUUUAAGUUCCUUUCAGUUCUCGGAAAGUUUGAAUGCUGAAGUCCAAACAUUUCUUGUGCCAGAGACCUGUUACCGAGCCCGUCGUCUCACUGCUAGAAGAUUAGCAGGAUUUUACGAGGUUUUGAGGGUGCAUUUAUGAGGUUGCUGCCUGAUGCUCGAGUCUCAGACCCAAACAGCGGGCGAGAACACUAACCCCUGAGCAUUAACGUUACUGCUCUUCUCCCACAGCCCGAGUGGAGAAGCUCCUCUUCUACCAGCACUUAUCUCAAGUUUUGCAUUAGAUUUAUUGCUUUUUUCUUUCGUUUGAGGAAGCGCUGAGACCCAAAAUGUGGUAUGCUCAGUGCACAUGGCUGAUGGAGAGGGGGACCACGGCGUGUCACCUUGGUGUCAACUCACACUCGCGUGGCUUUUCUUGGUGGCCGUGUGUGUGUGUGGAUUAAUACAGGGCUCCUUUCCAUUUAUGAACGCUGACAAAAUGAAAUUUGUAGGACAGGUUUGCGAGAGAACCAAACGGUGCCGUAAAGUGUGUGGGUUGUGCUUUUGGCCUGGUUUGAUGCUCUUCUCCAGGUGAGAUUGUGCUGCCCUGGCUGGUCUCUGAGAUAUUCCCACCUCCGGGAAUAACUUCUUUGGAGAAAGGCAGGAUGAAAACACAGCCUGUGUGUGUUGGUCUCAGUCUGGUUAUACCCAACUCCCUGAUGGAGGGCACUGAGAAGAUCAUUGAUUUUCCUUCUUAAGCGCCUGCCCAUGGAAAAUAAAAGUCCUUUGUAGGGUUAUAAACUCAGGAGAGAGUUGGGAAAAGCGAGUUGGGAGAGGAGAGGCUUGCUCACCUUUUCUCCAUUGCAACUUUUCAGGUCACUUAAGGUAAUAUUAUCUUGUAUAUAUGCUGCCUCGUUAAACAGACGUUGACUAACAAGUAUAGAACUGCCAGCUUUUCUGGCUCACAUUCCUGACAGAGCACAGUGUGGCUGUGACUUCUCGGAGCUGGGUUAUGUGAAAUGCUGGUACUUUUCCUAGCUCGCUUCAGGAGCACUUUGCAGCUCGUUGCAACUUGUUUUUAAUUUAGUGUAGGGAAGGUGGGGGUUAAUAUAGGCUUUUUUUUAAUUACUAGCAGUCUGUUAUAUGGGUAUAGUACCGUGUUGGUUUAAAAAAAAAAAAUAAUGCAGCAUUACAGAAACAUUUUAUUGCAAUUCAUGUUGCUGAAGUAGCCAUGGUAUUGUGGAAUGCUUGGUGAUAUUUGCAUUCAUAGGUGGUGGUAGAAUUAGACUGGGUGAGCGUGGAGGCUGAACAUCUCCCUUGCUUCUGGCAAUCUCUUUCCCGUGUCAGUGCUGCUGUGGGAUGGCACUGCCGAGCUGGAAGUGGUUUGUCCUGCCUCUGCUGUGUGUCCCGUGGCUGCUUUUCCUUGGGAUCCUGAGCUGUCAGGAUGCCACCAGCAGGAAGGCUCCGUGGAGAGCAGGACCACGUGAAUAACACCCGAUGGUUAUAGAACCAUCUUCUGUCUCACCUGUUUUCAGAGAAUGUGAUCCUUGUAAUGAGGGUGACGGAGGAAAGUGUUUAUUUUUUUAUUUUUUAUUUUUUUUUUCUUAACAGCAGCUUAAGUCUAGAUCCUUGUUUCAGAAAUCGGUCUUCAGCAGCGACGGCUGAAUGUAAUUCCUAUGCACUGUCUUUGGCACAUUCAAGUUGCAUUUUGCAAUGGGUCAGGAAGUGAUAAAAUUCCUUGAAUUUGAGAAUUCCUUGUUUUAACUCAGAGCAUCCUAAGACUUCAGUAUCCAUGCAACCCUUGGUAUCAUGGAGCGUGCAUUGUCAUGUGCAGUGGUUGGUUUGGGAUAAUUUCUCCCUCCGAUAAUACGUUUUCAAACCUCAGCUCUUUAGCAAACAGGUUCUUCUUGGGUUUUGUAGCGUUCGUUUUAGCCACCUUGGGGGCUGCUUAUGUGCGUAUCUUCCUUUACACAGCUUUUUGAAGCGCAGCGAGAUGCAUUGAUGUCAGAUUCCCUGGUGACUCCAGCUUUCCUUUGUGCCCUGCUGCAGGCUGAGACGUGCUGCGAGCACCAGCCUGGUGCAUCGAGGCAGUUCCUCAGGUGAGCACAGGGUCCUGCUCCCCUUCUGGACCAUUUUUCCAGCCCUGAGGUCAGAACCCACAGUUCUGACACUCUCUCCUCUCCCCACGGUUUAUUCAUACAGCUUUUAGUUACCUUUUGCUACCGUUUUAUAGCGGUUUUGUACGUACUCAUGAUUUACUCUACAAUUUAACCUCUUCCAUUUUUUAACGCAUAUUUGUUUACAAGACACAUCUCAGUGUUGUAUCAAGAGGUCUCUUGGUAUUGUCAGCUGUAAAGAUAAACUACAUCAGUAGUUCAGAACAUUGUCAAAGUCGACAGGUUAUUUUAAAACUUGACGUUUUGAGUUUAGGUGUCCAUAACGAUUUUGUUCUGUUCUGUUCCUUAGUUCUCCCGUGUAAGAAAUGACCCACGUACCUCCUGGCCUCUCGGGUCCCGGGUACAGAGAGUUUAUUUUGUCUUAAAAAAUCCUGGAGCGCGGAUUGCAAACGACCAGCCCGAGCCCCCCAGGAUCUUACACUCGGCAGCUAAGUUGAAAAUCCAUUAGAAUUGCAGUCUUGUUGCUUAGAAGCUACUCGGGAUGUUUUUUUAAUGAGGUCUAAUAUACGUCUUGCCGAAACAGGAAUUUUUAUGGUUUGAUUUGAAUUUAAUUAAACGGUUAAUUGGCAACGGCUGCUGUUUAGUCUGAGAAGUAUUAGCAAAUCUGCUUCGUGCGGAAGCCUUUGGCCGUCGCCAUCCAGCUGAAGGGUGGGUGCUCUGUGACGUCCUAAGGGUGCUCUGCUGAAACCAGAGCCUUGUCCCGUGGAGAUGAAAAGCUGAGACGUGGUGAUGGUGGUUCCACACACCGUCCUUCAGGGCCGGUGCUGCCAAAAAAGGCUUUCUCUUGGAUCCCCAUCCGUGGCCACGGCGUUUGGCUUCCUUUGCGCGGGGAGCGUUGGCCACGUAGGAGCCCUUCGGAAAAGCUGAGUCUGGACAGAGAAGAAUUUUUGCAAAUAGAACCAGAUCUUUUCUCCUUAGCCUGCUUUUAGUCGUAAGGAUGUAACAGAGGAGCUACAAAGCCACGGUAGUGGUGGUGCUGCCACGUUUCUGCCAUCCCUGUUUCUACCAACAGCCCUUCCUGCUGCAACGUCCUGUCCUGGUGCCAUCUAAAGCAGAAAGGUUGAGCUUUGGGUUUGGGUCUCCAGUGGAUUUUCAGCUGAGGAAUAUUAUUCUUGCCAUUGUACAAAGGCAAAAAAAUAAGGGAGAAUGUGUUCGCUGCAGAUCCUUGAUGUUUUUUGGAGGAGGAUGCAGCUUUGCCCACCGUAACCGCGAAACCCGCCGCGACCUGAGAGCUGAGAAGUAUAUUCUUAAUAAUAGAGAUGGAUAAACGAGACGAAUAAAACUCUAGCAACAUAUAGGGGGCACCAUCACAUCGUGCUGGAACGGAGAGAGAUAGAGCUGCUUUCCCUCAUUUUUUUAGUGCUGCACAGCAGUUUUUGCCAAAUCAGGUAUUUUUCUGGUGAAGAUUCCUAUUGCUUCAGGUAUAUGAAGAUAAUUGAACAAGUCUGCUCUUCUGAGAGUUGUUUUCUGCAGAACCACCACCCCCUGGGAGCUUGUGAAGAUCUUUUAUGGAAGG